UUACAGUCACGUUAACAGUCAUCGCCGGCACUUACCCGACGCACACCGCGCGUGCACGCCAUCGUUGUCGCGGCCGCCGUCGUUAUCGUUGUUGUUUUGUCGGACGCCGCGAGGUGUGUGCCGUUUUGAUAAAAGAAAAGUUUUUUUAGAUCAAAAAAAAAAAAAUUGUAUAAAAACUUGUGUUUUUUUUUUCGAACGCGCGGGUGUACGAGUGUCGCGUGUGUUUGUGUGUGUGCGAGUGUUCGGCGCUUUCGCUUAUUGUUAUUACCGUGUUUCUCGUGCGUUUUUUUUUUUUGUUUUUGUUUUUAUUUUUAUCUUGUCAUCGAAUUGUAAUAAUAAUUAUACAGUGAUAACAAUAAUCGUGCCGACUCCGACGACCAUGUCGCGUCACGCCAUGCUCGAACCGUGCGGUUCUCGUUGCACGUUGCCCUCGACCAUGUGAAAUUAUGUUGACAAUGCAAAUGAUGGACUGCAACGGGAAGCCGUCGACCGGCGGCGGCGGCGGCGGCGUCAGUGGCGUCCGCGGAGGCGGCUUGAUAACGCCGUCCCCGGAACCGGCGGCUGGCUACGGUGGCGGCACGUGGCAUCCCCACGUGUACGGACACCCCCCGAGGACGCCGACGGCCCACAAGAUAGCCGACAUCUUGGGUUGGACCAAAGCGGCGGUGGCGGCGGCGGACGAUCAACCGUUGAACUUGACCACGGCCGGCCGGACCAGACAGAACGGCACCACGACCACAGUGUUGGACUUGACCAAAAUCAAACGCAAAGACAUCUCGGCGGCGGCGGCGGCAGCAGCACAUCCCCCGACGACGACUCUGAACCAUGGUCAUCAACAAGCUGCUCAUCUACCGCCUACGACUCCGGUGAGGAAGAAAUCCAGGAAGGACGUUCCCCUGUCCUCGUCCCCGGGCCUUUUGGUCAGCUCUUCAUCGGGUUCGCCGGCGGGCCAGCAAGCCGAAAGCGACGGCGGUCACUCCUCGGACGGUGGCGGCGACAGGAAGCGCAAGAAAGCCCGGACCACGUUCACCGGCCGGCAGAUCUUCGAACUGGAACGGCAAUUCGAACUCAAGAAGUACCUGUCGUCGUCCGAACGGUCGGAAAUGGCCAAACUUCUGGGCGUCACCGAGACUCAGGUGAAGAUAUGGUUCCAGAACAGGCGGACCAAGUGGAAGAAACACGACACGGUGACCACGUCGGAACAGUCUGAUCCGGCCAGCGUGACGGCCACUUCCGGCGGGGGCGGGGCAAAGUGUUCGCCGAAAGCGGCCGCGGGGGCCAAGUUUCUCAGCGAAGGCGACGACCACUCCUCGCUGGAGGACUCCGAGAGCUGUUACAGCGGCGUGGACGCGGCCGAGUCCAAAGUGGUGACGGCCAGGACGCCCGAGUCGCUGCCGCCGACGUCGCCCCCCGACAACGACACCACGGCCAGGGCGCCCAGUUAAGGAGGUCGACGACAGGAGGAGGGGGGAGGUGCAUCUCGAGCCAAACGAUCAAGGAUGUUUUUUUUUUUUUUUUUAUUAAAUUCUUUAGCAG